AUGAUAUCAAUUUUGAUUGUUUUUCAAAGUUUAUUUGUUGUGACAAUAGGUCAAUCAUGUGGAAACUUACCGAUGUAUGCUCGUUGUUCAACGAAUCCUGAUUGUGGAUGUCUUCCUUUUUCAUCUGUAGAUGGUCAAAGCGGAAUUUGUGCUUAUCUUCAUUUGAAUCCUUCAACCUUAAGAACAUGUAAUACAAAUAAUUAUUAUUGUGAUCAACCGAAUACUAUGUGUGUUCAUCAUCCAAGUUUAUCAAUGAGUCGACUAUUGUGUUAUCCGACUGGUAUGACUUCAUUAGAUAUGUGUCCUCCAUUCGUACAAAAUUUAACAACACAACCAUCUACUACAACACCUAUACCAUUAGCAGAGCUUUGUGCUAAUGUAAGCUGGACGAAACAAGGUGUAACUGUUGCUGGAAGUACUUAUAUUGGUACAGCAUUAAAUCAACUUCGAAAUCCAACUUCUUUUGUAUUAGAUUCAAAAACGAAUACUUUAUAUAUUGCCGAUUAUGGAAACGCACGAAUGGUUACUUGGGAAUUAGGUGCAAAAAAUGGAUCACUUGUAUUUGAAGGGAAUGGUGUAGGCAAUAGAACUGAUCAAUUAGGUUGGAUAUCAGGUAUGGUACAAGAUCCAAACGAUGGAAGUUUAAUUAUAUGUGAUGGUACAAAUCGAAGAAUUGUUCGAUGGUCACAACAUUCUGAUAAAAGUGAAAUACUUAUUAAUAAUCUUUAUUGUGGCAGUUUAGCAUUAGAUAAUCAAGGUUUACUUUACAUUUCUGAAUAUGACGAUCAUCGUGUUAGCCGAUGGAUAUUGGGAAAAAACUUAACACAUGAUGGCAUAGUAGCAGGAAAUAAUGGCAAGGGCAAUCGACUUGAUCAAUUACAUAAUCCUUUAGGUCUUUUUAUUGAUCAUAAGCAGGAUAUUUAUAUAGCAGAUUUUGCUAAUGAUAGAGUUGUUAAAUGGGAAAAAGAUGCAAAAGAAGGCACUGUUUCGGGUAAAGUACGUUGGCCUAGAAUAGUUCGUGUUAGUCAGUCAGGAAAUAUGUAUUCAAUCGAUGGAUAUUAUAACAGAAUUAUUCGUUGGACACCAGAGGAUACUAUUGAUGGUACGAUUAUUAUUGGAGAAAAACAAUAUACCCUUAGUCAACCACAUGAUAUAGCGUUUGAUGAAAAUGGAAAUGUGUUUGUUUUGAAUUAUGGCAUUAUUCGUUUAAUAAUGAUUGGUACAUUGCGUGUUAUUUUAAGUAUUUUACUAUGUUUAUCAGUUUUCCUAACAAUACAAUUAUAUUAUUUUGAAUUAAUUUGGCCGUCUUUAACACCUGGCAAUUUUUUAAUGGCACUGAUUUUAUUUAUAGUACGAAUCAUUUUAUUUAUUGUUUUAUUUACAACAAGCAAUGCCAAAACAAUAUUUUUCUUUCUUAUUAUUGCUACCACAAUUAUUUUACUCGUUUUUAUCAAUGAAAUUCGUUGUUUAUAUGUAUUUAUGGAUAACAGUCGUGAAAUAUUUUAUCAAUUAAUGAAAACCUAUCUAUAUGUAAAAGAACCAGAUGAUCUAAGUUUAUAUACGGCUUAUAAUACUAUAAAACAAAAUGGUAUUAUAAAGAUGACUUUUAUUUCUUUAAUAUUGAUUAUAUAUUGGAUUUAUGUUAUUGUAUGUCACCGUGAACAAAAACAAAAAAAUCAAACAAUUAUAGUACCAAUAGUGAAUGAUCAAAGAGUGCUUUAUCCAUCGAGUACUUCUCUUAAUUAUCCAUCAAAUACGUCCGUGUAUAAUCCGUACACUGUAAAUCCAGCUUAUCAAGAUGUUACACAAAAUAUUAAAUAA